GGCCUGCCGGGAGGGCGGCGCUUCCGUUCUCGGCUGUGGCGGGAGUGUUCGGAUGUUGGCUCCCGGGAGAAAACAUGUCUGAGGAGCGCGCCGUCCCCGCGAGCGCCGUUCCCCUGGAGGAACUGAGUAGCUGGCCGGAGGAGCUGUGCCGCCGGGAACUGCCGACUGUCUUGCCCCGGCUCCUCUCCAUGUGUCAGCAUGCUGGCAGCUGGACCGAGCACGGCCAGAUUCUGAAAGUCGUCGUCGAGAUGUUUCUGCCUCAUAUGAACCUCCUGGCACUGGAGCAGACUUUCUUUUCACAAGUGCUCCCCAAGACUGUGAAAUUAUUUGAUGACAUGAUGUUUGAGUUAACCAGUCAAGCCAGAGAACUGUCCAGCCAAAACUUGGAAGCCCAGAGCUGUCUGAGGAGCACUUUACAAACCAUGGUGCAGGUCCUAGGAGCUCUUACAGGGUGUGUGCAGCGUGUCUGCGCCUUGCAGGGGUCCGUCGUUCUCAGCGACGUCCAGAGUCUGCCCUCCUCGGUCCUGCACGUGGUCAGAAGUACCUUUGUGCACUGCAAGAACAGUGAGUCUGUGUAUUCUGGGCGCUUACACCUCGUUUCAGACCUUCUCCAGGCUCUUUUCAAGGAGGCCUAUUCUCUUCAAAAGCAGCUGAUGGAACUGCUGGACAUGGUGCGCACGGACCCUGCUGGUGACGAGGAGGGUGGCGCUCUGGACAUGGUGAUCGUCAUUCACUCGCUGCUGGACAUCUGCUCUGUCAUUUCCAGUAUGGACCAUGCAUUUCAUGCCAACACUUGGAAAUGUAUAAUUAAGCAGAGCCUGAAGCACCAGGCGGGUGUCAAGAGCCAGCUGAGGCACAGAGACAUCGUCACCAGCUUGUGCGAGGACACCCUGUGCUCCUUCCAGGCCUGCCUGCAGCUAGCGGAGCAGUCGGCCCAGGCAGGGGCGCAGGAUAGUGCCGACUAUAAAUUAUUUCAAAAAACACUCAAAUUAUGUCGUUUCUUUGUCAACUCUCUCCUGCACUAUAUUAAGGAGUUUCUUCCCUUCCUCUCGGACUCCUGCUCUGCGCUGCACCAGCUGUACCUGCAGACGCACAGCAGGUGUCCCCCCAGCCUGUUCGCUGCCGGCCUCUCCAGCGCCCAGCAGGAGGAAGUGGUGGCUUCAUUCCUGGUGACCCUGGACCCUCUCGUCACUCAGCUGCUUGCCUUCCAGCCUUUCGUGCACGUGGUUUUGGACAGUGAACCAGAGCUGCCCUGCGAGCUGCAGUUCCCGCAGUGUCUGCUGCUGCUGGCCGUCGUGGACAAGCUGCCCUCUGAGCCCGAGCACGUGCAGGCGCUGUGGUGCGAGGGGAGCCGGGGCUCAGGAGCCGCGUCCAGGACGUCUCUCCUCAGAGCGGUUUUCUGCAGUUUGGAGCAGUGUUCUGGGGAGCUCUCUUUGCCCGUUCGCUUACAGGGGGUGAAGGGCGAAGGGCGAGCCGAGGCUGCGGUCACCUUGUACCAGCAUGUCUGUGUCCGCCUGUGCGCCUUUGUCGUUUCCCUGCACCCGUCACUGUUUCCUGAACUGGAAGUGGCCCUGCUGGACGCCGUGCUGAGUGCCAGCGUGAUCGCCGCCCUGCUGGCUGUAGACGUGUGGUGCUUCCUGGCUCGGUAUGGGACCGCUGAGCUCUGUGCACACCACGUCGCCCUGGUGGCUCGCCUGAUAAAAUCUUGCCCCGGCGACUGUUACCAGCUCACCAACCUGUCGAUACUGCUGAGGCGCCUCUUCUUCUUCAUGGCCCCAUCCCAUCAGGUGCAGUUUGUCCAGGAGUUUUCCCCGCAACGAGCAGAAAACCUGCCUCUCUGGCAGCACAUUUCUUUCCAGGCCUUUCCCGCGGAGCUGAGGAAGCAGGCUGCUCAGGAGGUCGCCAGCGCCAGCGCCGCGCAGAGCAGGAGCUGGCUGGCUGGCAGUCGCACGGCCGAGGAGCGCGUGUCGCUGGAUGCGGCGCUGUCUGCCAUGCUUGCCGUCUGCAGCUCUGCUGGCGACGCCCUGGAGGUCCGACAGCAGGCUGAGCUCGUGGAAGUCAGCAGUCAGCUCUGGGCUUCUCUGCACGGUCACCUGGCAUCGGGCCAACCCUCUGUUCAGCAGACUCUCAGCCUUUUACUUCCGCUGCUGGGGUUCUUCACCCAGAGUCUCGACCCUCAGCUGGUGAGUCAGGUGGUGGCUUUGCAGGCCACGCUCCUCCAGCCAGAGCCCCCCGACCACGUGCGCCUGGCAGUCCUCGACUUUGUGGCGUCCCUGGGGACACUCCUGAUCCCGCCAGCUCUCCAGGACCAGGUUCUGCCCACCUUGUCAUCUGUGUUCGCCUUGCUGCUGGCCGACAGGAGCUGGCUGCUGGAGCAGCACGCCUUGGAGGCAUUCAUGCGGUUUGCCGAGGGUACAAACCAUGAAGAGAUAGUCCCACAGUGCCUCAGUUCUGAAGAAGUGAAGAACAAAGUGGUAUCUUUUUUGGAGAAGACGGGGCUCGUCAGCGAGACGGCAGCUGCCAGAGUGGAGCGUGUGAAGCGGGAGAAGGGGGCUUUCCGGAAGUCCCUGGCGCAGGUCACGUUAGCAGGAGCCCCGUCGUCGCCUGCGCAGCCUCAUGCAAAGAGAGCCCGCGGCGAGCCCCACCUGGAGGAGGAGUACCGGUCGGCACUGCGGGCUGCCACAGGGGCCCUGGAGGCCAUCGAGUCCCUGCUGCGCAGGUCCCCGGCUCCACACUGGCUUCCCCGGGAGAUGCAGCUGCUCCAGGAGAAGAUGGGUGAGCUGAGGUGUCACGGGCUCGCAGGUGACCAGACUGAGCACAUUGUGGCCUAGAG